AUGUUCCUCCUCCUUACUCUUCCUGCCCUGGUGGCCGCCUACACUGCCCUCCCCUCCGGCAGCGUGGUGAAUCUGGACCUGGUCACGGCGCGCAAUGCGACGUAUACGGUGACGGCGAACGACACGCUGCCCCUGAUUGCCGCGCGGUAUGGCGUCGGCGAGUGCGAUCUGGCCCGGUUGAACCGCCUCGCAGACCCGAACUACAUCUACGCCGGCGAGGAGCUGCUGAUCCCGACGCGGGCGACGUUUCCCGACGACUACAGCUGCUACAGCACGAACAACACGGAGACGACCAAUGUGUGCAUCGACGCCGGCCCGCACGUGUACACGAUCAUGCCGGGCGACACGAUCCAGAAGAUCGCCAACGAGCGGUACAACAUCACGGUCGAGUCGGUGCUGAACCAGACGGCGCAGACGGGGUACAUUGCGGCGCUGGCGCCGGGGCCGUACGACGUGCUGGAGACUGGCGAGACGGUCAAGAUCCCCAUCUGCAACAGCACGGCCUGCACCAUGACGCAGUUCACGCUCGGGUAUGGCACGUUGCAGGACUUUGCCACGCUGUACGACGUGACGGUUGGGCAGAUCAUGAGCUUGAACCUGGGCUAUAACCAUUCCACGGGGGCUGUUCCAUUGGGUGUUUUGUACAACUGCGAGAGUGUAGCUUAG